AUGUCAUCAGUACGGCGCUCUGCAAGGAACUCAGCCAAGGCUGUAGCAGAAGUCGCCGUUGUUGCGGCGAAGAAGCGCUCGCGAAACAGCAAAGCACAUAGUGAUGUCGCAGUUGAUUCAACAGCACAGAAAGGGACAUCGGGAGCGAAAGGUGCAGACUUCAUGCCGCCUCCGCCAUCCACACCUUUGCCCAACAAGCGACGAAAGAUAGCCAAGGAGACUCCAUCUAAGCUUCCGCCCAUUACGCGAACAGCAUCAGCCAUCGGGUUCAUGACAAGCAGCAGCAACCUUACUCCGAAUGGCAACUACAGCACCGGCGACAUCGAUGAUGCAUCGCCACCAGCCACGAGGCCGGUGCAACUCCACCACACCAAUGCCACACUAGUCACUCCUGGAGGAACACAACUGCAGCCUGCGUACAGCAAUUUUGAAGAGGCAUCACCUUCGAAAGCUGGUGGACCACCAAAGGCUACCAGCAAGACUUUGUUAGAUGAGGCGUGUUCUCAUCUUCUGAAGGGCGACGAAGCUCAUGACAACGGCCGUCUUAAACCCGUCAUUGAGCAACACCACUGCCGCAUCUUCAGUCCAGAAGGCCUGGCAGAAACCAUCGACCCCUUCCGCUCACUGGCAUCGGGUAUCAUGGCGCAACAAGUCUCUGGUGCCGCGGCAAAAAGUAUCAAGAACAAGUUCAUCGCAUUAUUUGAAGCAGAUCAAUGCCCUACAGGCUUCCCGCCACCAGCCUUAGUUGCAUCAACGCCACUUGCUCGCCUCCGCGAAGCAGGCCUCAGUCAGCGCAAGGCGGAGUACAUCCAAGGUCUUGCCCAGAAGUUCGGUUCUGGCGAAAUCACCGUCAAGCAGCUGAUGGAAGGCAGCGACGAAGACGUCUUCUCCAAAUUGAUUGCAGUCCGUGGGCUGGGAGCGUGGAGCGUAGAGAUGUUCAUGUGCUUCGGUCUGAAGCGGAUGGACGUCUUUAGCACCGGCGACCUGGGGGUGCAAAGAGGGAUGGCGGCGUACAUGGGCCGCGAUGUAGGGAAGUUGAAGGCAAAGGGCAGUAACAACAAGUGGAAGUACAUGAGCGAGAAGGAAAUGGUGGAGAUUGCGGAGAGGUUCAGGCCCUAUAGGAGUUUGUUCAUGUGGUAUAUGUGGAGGAUUGAGGAGGUCGAUGUCAGUGCUGUGCAGGAUAACUGA